AUGCGCCCACACCCCAGAGGAGGAAGACCCCGACGGGGCCCCCACAGUCAACGGGCAAGAGCCCAGAGAGCCAGAGGCAAUGAGCAGCCCACCUCUCUGGCAGGCCGGCCCCCCCAGCAUGAGCCAAGAAUGCAGCCCCGAGGCCCCGGGUGCCCGGGAACCGCCCGACGCCAAAGAGGCCCGAGCCACCCCCAGGCUACAGCCGCCAAGGGAGUGGGCCAGAAGCCACGCCAAGACAUCCGGCCACGCACCCCAGGAUCCCCAGGCACCCACAUCCCAGGGGCGGCAGUGACAAUCCGUGGGGAGCAGCGGGGAGCGAGGACAUGCGGGCACCCCAGCAUCCCGGAAUGCCGGCCAGACAUCCCGACGUGGGCCAACCUACCCCACACGGUGGUGCACCAAAGGGAGCGCAGACCCCUCCAGCACAGGAAGGGGCCCAGCCGGGUAACGGGCGACCCCGGGCACCAGGGCCCUAGACCCACACCCCAACUCCCGCAGAGGGGGCCGGCCACCCGGCCCAGGGCCAGCCCCCACCACCACAGGCACCCCAGCCCCCAACCCAAAGGCCAUAAGAGCAUCCAUCCAAGCCCCCCCACCACCAGGGGAGAGAAGGGUGGGGUGUCCCAGAGCCAAGCUCAGAGCUCCUUGGCUGAGGACUCGGCCAGUAACCUGUCAUCGAGUAGUUGGAUCGCUCGCUCUCCUGCUAGAAACCCAUUGAGCUUUAGAACAAUGCAGGCCAGAGUGACCCUACUAGAUGGGUCCAUGUUCACCUGCACCGUGGAGAAACGAGCUCGAGGUCUGCAGCUGUUUGAGAAGGUUUGUGAACACAUUAACCUGCUAGAGAGAGACUACUUCGCUUUGUCCUUCAGAGAUGCUGACAACAACAAGAACUGGUUGGAUCCAGCAAAGGAGAUGAAAAAGCAGGUCAGAGGUGUUCCCUGGAACUUCUCCUUUAAUGUAAAGUUUUACCCUCCAGACCCUGCACAGCUGUCUGAGGACAUCACCAGGUACUUCCUGUGUCUUCAGCUCAGGCAGGAUAUAGUUUCUGGUCGUCUUCCCUGUUCAUUUGCCACUCAUUCAUCCUUGGCUCCUACACAGGUCCAAUCAGAGCUCGGAGACUAUGAUCCUGAUGAGUGUGGUGCAGACUACAUCAGUGAAUUAUGCUUCGCUCCUAAUCAAACUAAAGAAAUGGAAGAGAAGAUCAUGGAGCUCCACAAAACCUACAGAGGAAUGACUCCAGCUGAAGCAGAGAUGCACUUCCUGGAAAAUGUAAAGAAACUUUCCAUGUAUGGAGUCGACCUCCAUCAUGCAAAGAUGAUAGGAAGCGCCUUUGCUUGCCUGUCAGCUAAGUCAGAGGACUCAGAGGGUGUGGCCAUUAUGCUGGGUGUGUGCAGCAGUGGCCUGCUGGUCUACAGAGAUAGACUGAGGAUCAACAGAUUCUCAUGGCCAAAGAUCUUGAAGAUUUCAUACAAAAGGAACAACUUCUACAUCAAGAUCCGACCAGGAGAGUUUGAGCAGUUUGAGUCAACCAUUGGUUUUAAGCUGCUGAACCACAGAGCUGCUAAGAGACUGUGGAAGGUCUGUGUGGAACACCACGCCUUUUUCAGGCUUGUAUCACAAGAGGAAACUCCUAAGAAGUUCCUGACUCUGGGUUCAAAGUUUCGUUACAGCGGUCGAACUCAGAUUCAGAGUCGCAGAGCCAGUGCUCAGAUAUCCAGACCAGCGCCACAUUUCCCACGAUGUAUCAGCAAGAGGAGCAUGUUAAGCCGCAGUCUAGAUGGAGCUUCACAGACUGGACCUACCUCCUCUCCGAUUGUCUCUCAAGCCAUCACAGCUUCCCCCAAAGCCAAUGGUGGUGCUUACACAGAUAUGGGCUCUGGCUUGUAUGGAGCAUCUAAAGCCAUCGCCAUCAGUGAUCUCAUCACCACAGUAACACCUGAGAAGAGAAUGGAAGAGAGCAGUGAAGGUCAAGUUGAAGAGGUGCAGGAGGUGGAUAAAGUGAAUGAGAAGGAGCAGGAGGAAGAGGAAGAGGAGACCAAAGACACUGAGAUUUCACAGCAGAGUAUUCUGACUCCUCCGAAAUUAGACACCAAAACUGAGCUAACUGACACUGCUGUGGACGAUGACCUGACAGCUACUGAGUCUGACCAGGAUGAAGAUUUGAAAACUCAGGGGACGUUGGGUAGUCCAGAGGAGAUGCAGAAAUCUGAGAGCACCAUCAGCGCUCUCAGACGUUCCUUUUUAGAGGGAGGAGAAGGAGGAGGAGGAGGAGGGAUGACAGAGUGGGAGAAGCGUCUGUCCUCCUCACCUCUCCGGAGAGCUGACGACUCCCCAAUGAUCGAACCUCUGGAGCCUGACGAGCCUAAACCUACAUUUGAUGACAUGUCUCCUGGGCUGAUGGCUCUGCUGAAGUCGGCCAGAGAACAUCAAACCAUCAGAGAACACAACCUGCAGAAGACUUCAGAAAAGGUGGAGACGGUCUUGCUAGUGACACAGCCGCAUGACCAGGACCAGUCAAUGGCGGACCAGCGUAAGGUAGCAAAAGGAAGUCAUGUGGGCACGCCUUUUAGUAACCCACCAGCCCCUCCAGCAGGGGUUGGCAUUUCGAGUGUUGAUGAUAGUGCACAGCAAUGGGCCUGUGACAGUUUUGAUGAUGUUGACCAGGCUAUUAGUCCAAUAAGUAAACAUAAUGUAAGUGAUGAUAAUGAUGAUGAUGAUGAUGAUGAUGAUAUUGAUGAUGAUGAUAUCAGCUAUGAGCCCAACAGCCAGGGUAGCAAUGACAAUGUUAGUGAGGCUAGUGAGGAUGCUGUAAGUGUGUUAGUGCUGGCAGCAGUGGAGGAGGCCAUAGAGGCUGCAGUCAGACAGGCUCAGACCCCCGACGCUAACGACACUAAUCAGGCUAACAUUAAUAAUAAGACAGCAGUUAGCUUUUGUGAGCAGGAGCAAGCUAGCACUGUCCUGGACUCUCAAGAACCUGGGACUCUUCAUUACCAUGACAAUGAAGACUCAGACGACUCACAGGAAGAGGAAGGAGGGUGGCAGUUUGAAGAAAACUCCCCUCCCCCCUCUUUACUCCACCCCGCAUCCAGCCACUUGGCCCAUCAGAUGCAACCAUCUGCCCACAGGGAUGACGAUGAGUCCAAAUCACUACAGGAGGUAACAUCUGAGACAAUUGUCCAAAUGACAUCUGCCCAAGUUACAACUGUCCCAAUUACACCUGCCCCAGUGAUUCCUCAUCUAGUUACCCUUGCCCCAGUUACACCAACCCAAAACUGCACCUACCCCACCGGACCCAGUGACUUUUGGCUCAGUGACCCUUGCUCCAGUAACUUUCUGAAUUAUACCUGCCCCACCUGGCCCCAUUCAACCCGCUUAGUGAUUUCUGAUCCAGUGACUCCUGCUCUUGUUAUAUCUACUAAAUUACACCUAUCCCAAAUUAAGGACUCACACAUGUCAGGUUUCAAUAUACCAAAUGAUAAAGGCAAAAGACAUCAAAAUGGGCUUUCAUUAACCAGUGGGUCAUAUGAUGCUGGCUGUAAAGCAUCAUAUGACUUUGAUAUUGUCUUUUUCAGGAGGGUACCAGUGAUGAGGAAGACUCUCACAUAUGAAGUUCCAGGGAGCCGAGUAGAAUCUGAUACUCCUCCUGGUCUGCUGCUGAGCUCACACACCUUUACCACCGAGACCUCCAACACCACUACCACCACUCACAUUACCAAGAUGGCAAAAGGGGGGAUUUCAGAAACCAGAAUCGAGAAGAGGAUUGUGAUUUCUGGAGACACAGAAAUCGACCACAACCAGGCCCUGGCAGUUGCGCUCAGUGAGGCGCAGCGGCAGCAUCCUGAGCUGUCCGUCACCCGAGUUGUUGUCCAUAAAGAGACCGAGGUCUCUCCUGAUCAUGUGACUAACGAAUGAUAUCAGGACUGAAUCUGGAGGCCUGAGGAAUUGUAGUCCAGCCUGCAGAGCCAGAAAAGACACUGUUCGCUGCAACUUCCACUGGGCACCGAUGAACUGAGCAUUUACAUGUGCACACAUUCAUGCAUGGACACUCACACACACAUACACAGCAUCACCUGCCUAUUUCACUGGGGGUGGGGCCAAUGGCUGAGUUAGCACUAGUUUGAUAGUGUGAUUAGAUGAUUAGAUUUAACUGAAAGUUGCAAAUACAACACAGAGAUGUGAGAGACAGACAUGUUUCCAUUGCAGCAGACAGCCAGAGCUGGAAUAACCUUCACUGGACCUUCACUACAAAUCAGCCUUCUGAUAUAUUUACUUAUAUAAGCCCCUUCCCACACCUCAUUCCCCAACACUUUAAGGUGGAUGUCUGAUUGGCUAGCUGACUCAGGUGUGCUUGCUCCUCCUUUUUGGGAGACAGCAGCUUUACAAAAUAUUCAGCAAAUAUUUAAAAAACGAUUGUGCUUCUAGCUAGCUUUACCUGGUGAGAAACUUGAUCUUUGCGAUGACCAUUUGAUGUAAACAGUUUCCUGUAUAACAAGUAAAACAGUACAACUGCUAGAAUACCCAUAGCAGCUAAAACUCUGCUUUGUAUUUACCCAUAAUGCAAUAGUAAUGUGCCAUUUGCUAAACUUUCCAUGAAAAUGACGAUGAAUGAUUCAUCUGUGUGUGUGUGUGUUUUUUUUUUUUAUUUCCGUAUCCAUUUAUUUAUUAAAUUACAAACUGAUCACAUCCCCUGAUCACAGACCACUCUCUUUAGUGUUGUCUUACAGACAGACUUCUGCUCUCCUGGUAUCACACUGACCAUCACCUCAUGAUGAAAGGUUACAGAUGUGUAAGAGACAAAUGUCUCCCAAAAGAUGUGCAGUCUACAAAAGAUGCAGUCUUCUUAGAUCAGGAAGGCUGAACCGAUGAUUAUUAAAGAGGGCUAGUCCAUGGAGGCCUUCCUGUUGCAUCAUGACGUGCUGCUUCUGUGUAAAAAAACUGUGAAAUCUAAGAGCUGUGAAAGUUAAAGGUCUUGCACGCAGCAUCUGACAAUGGCACUGCUAUGCUCUGAAACCUGUUGUGGCUUUCAGUGUGCAAGAGUUAAAUGAGUUCAGUUGUAAACAUCAAAAGGUCAAGGCAACAGGCGCACAUAAUGCUAAUCUAAAAACAUCACCUAUAACAGCAAAACACUAACAUGGAUUAUUUUACUUCACAUUUUACCUUUCAGAUCUGAAGUCCUUGUUUGUGAAUACUCACUUCCUGUUUUCUAAACCAGACCACAUCACUGUAAUGUGAGAUAAACCGCAAUGAUUUUCAGCUGACUAGUGAAGUCCUGCUGAACCUUGACAACCAGAAAUGAAGACACAAAUGAGGUGUCACUUAUGGUAUGUAAGUGGGUGCUCUGGUGUCAUGAGUCGGUGGUCUGGCUGUCACGUCUACCCUGGAGGAGGUAUUUCUUGACCAUUGUGGCACUUAUCAGGCAACAAAAGAAUUGU